UCCUCACACCUUAUUUCAUUUCCUCUCAGAAUCCUCGAUUCGUCUCCUUCAGCCUCUUCCGGUCAAUAGAGCUCAGAGUCUCCUGAAUUCACUCUGAAAAUGCUCGCGCGUCUCGCAGGACAACGCUUUCGUGAGAUCCGACAAGCAUUUCGUCAAUUUCCCCAGCCAUCCCGAUCGUUUUCGACUGCACUGAACUAUCAUCUAGAUGGUCCGGAUAAUAAUCCGGACCUUCCAUGGGAAUUCAACGAUGCGAACAAAGAGAAGGCUAAGGAGAUAUUAUCCCACUAUCCCUCUAACUACAAGCAGUCUGCUGUCAUUCCUUUACUAGAUCUUGCACAGCAGCAGAGUGGGGGUUGGCUGCCAGUUUCAGCAAUGAAUCACGUUGCCAAGGUAAUCGAAGUUGCUCCAAUUCGUGUAUAUGAGGUUGCAACAUUCUAUUCAAUGUUCAACAGGGCAAAGGUUGGAAAAUACCACCUUCUGGUGUGCGGUACUACACCUUGCAUGAUUCGUGGAUCUAGGGAUAUCGAAGACGCAUUACUGAAACACCUCGGGGUAAAACGCAACGAGGUAACUAAAGAUGGCCUAUUUUCCGUUGGAGAAAUGGAAUGUAUGGGAUGUUGUGUAAAUGCUCCGAUGAUCACAGUUGCCGACUACUCCAACGGAUCAGAAGGAUAUUUCUACAAUUACUAUGAAGAUGUGACUCCAAAGCGAGUAGUCGAGAUUGUGGAGGCUCUGAGAAGAGGAGAGAAGCCACCGCGUGGCACGCAGAAUCCGGAGCGAAAGAAUGCUGGGCCGGCAGGCGGCAACACUACAUUGUUAGGUGAGCCUAAGCCUCCGCCAUGCCGGGAUCUCGACGCCUGCUGAACAAGUUAGUUUUCUUGCCUUAUUAUUAUAACGAAUGAUGACAAGUUAUUUGCUACUACCUACUCGAAUAAUAAUCAUUAUUAUUAUUAUCAGAUGCUCUCUUUGUGUGCGAGCGCAAUUGUUACUUUUGGACAUCAUAUGCCUUAACUUUAAAAUUUUGUAAUAAUUGCAUUUCUGUUCAAUGGAAGCUGUAAAAUGUACUGUGUGCGUAUGCAUGCAACUCGGGGGAUUUGUUUCUUCGAGAUUUUGUUUUGAUUUUU